UGUUAACAAAACAACACGCGACAGCACACGCACCCAAAUUCCCCAACCAAACACACACACACACACACACAUAAAACCCCAUCCUUUCCUCCAUCUGUCAACUAUUUAACACACUCCUGCACGCACUCUACCACACUCUUUACCCCACUUUCUACCCCACUCAACACACACUUUCUACCCCACUCAAAAACUCUUUCACACAUGAAAAUGGCCAAUACUAGUACUGUAAAUCUGCUGCUCUCCAUCUCCGUUGCCGUCCUCCUGCUGCAGUGUCUCAGUGCAGACCCACAGAGCCACAUGGAGAGGCAGGCGGAUCACAGGGGCGUGCGACUACUGGAUCGCUUCGACAAUCGCUAUCCGGAUGGUAGCUACGAGUACCGCUUCGAGCUGGAUGAUGGAACGGCGCGCUACGAGCGGGGAUACUUUGCCAUGAUCGACAAGGUCAAGACCUUGAUGGUGGUCGGAUAUUACUCCUAUCGCAUGACGGAUGGGCGAUACAUCACCGUCUUCUACAACGCCGAUCAGUUUGGAUACCGUCAGAACCAAUCGAUCACACCUCAGGUGUACCCGAAUCUGCCGCGCUCCAUUGAAGUGCCAAUGGCCAGCAGCGGGACGCCCGGACUACGCUCCCAGUCCCGGUCAGAGUCUGCCUACAGCUCCCCAUCCCCAUCCCCAUACCCCACCACCCGUUCGCCGUCUGAGAGCACCACCACGCCCAGGGGGGCUACGACGAGUCGCAGGGGAGGGCGCUUCUGAGACCGGGUUCAAGUAAUUACUCCUACCUCUUCUUCACCUCGCUCUGUGCCCUGACUACUGAUAUUAUAUUAUUAUGAUUUUAAUUUUUUUUUAAUAUUUUUUUCG